AUGUCUCUCACCCCAAACGAAGCACCUCGUUCGGGUCAGCGUACUCCCGGCACCAUCGCCACCGAGCUGUCCAAACUCGAGUUCCCACCUCCGACCAAGCUGCAGCUCCAGGGCCAAGGCGGUGACCCAAGCUCGCCCCGUGACGGCAGCGACCUCAGCGCGCAGCUGUCCAAGAUGACUCUGCCCGAGCCCGAGGCACUCCGCAAGGCCAAUAGUCACCGACGCUCCGAGAGCGCGAGCCAGGACCUCUCGGAACAGCUGUCGCGCAUGAACCUCCCCCAACCCGAGCACAUCUACGGACCUGAUGACACGCGGGCGGCGGGGCGCAAGCAGGGUGUUUCGGCAGACGACUGGGCAAAGGUCAAACUCGACGACGAGGUUCCCGAGGCCGUCAAGAGCCCCACUGAGAUGCACUUCCGCCGCAACUCGCGUGCCGCCAGCAUCUCUACUCGCCUUCCCCCCGCUGCUGCCGCACCCAAGGCGCCAGCGAGCCCUGCCAAGGCCACCGCCCACGGCGCUGCGAAGGAGCAGAAGAUCACGCCCUUUGAUGUGCAGGGUGGUGUUGACGACGAGGGCAAGGAUAUCGGAAUCGACUACGACAAGCUCGCGAAGCGGUUCGGUGCGCAGAAGAUUGAGCCAGCGCUGCUGGAACGCUUCGAGAAGCUCACGGGCCACAAGCCGCAUCCGCUCCUUCGUCGCGGGACGUUCUACACCCACCGCGACUUCCAACAUAUUCUUGAUCUGUACGAGCAGAAGAAGCCGUUCUACCUUUACACCGGACGUGGGCCGUCGUCCGACUCGAUGCACAUGGGUCACCUCAUCCCCUUCCUCUUCACAGCGUGGCUCCAGAAGGUGUUCAACUGCCCCUGUGUGAUCCAGGUGACCGACGACGAGAAGUACUUGCUCGAUCGUGACGCCAAGAAGCAGCAAGCGCUCAUCAAGAAGAACCCACAGGACAAGCGCUCCCCUUUCUACAUCCUCGAGAAGUACCACCAGAUGGGACAGGACAACAUUGCCGACAUUAUCGCAUGUGGCUUCAUCCCCGAAAAGACGUUCAUCUUCUCCAACCUCGACUACGUCGGCAAGGAGUUCUACCGCAACGUCGUGCUCAUGGCCAAGACCAUGACCGUCAACCAGAGCAAGGGUGUGUUUGGCUUUACCGACAAUGACAACGUCGGCAUGCUCCACUUUGCUGCGAUCCAGUCGACACCCUCCUUCUGCAACUCGUUCCCUCAGAUCUUUGGCUCACGGACCGACAUCCCGUGCCUCAUCCCCUGCGCCAUUGACCAGGACCCCUACUUCCUCGUGUGCCGCGACGCUGCCGACCGCUUGAAGUACAAGAAGCCUGCGCUUCUGCACGCAAAGUUCCUUCCCGCCCUCCAGGGUGCUGGCACCAAGAUGUCGGCGUCCAACCCCAACUCGAACAUCACCCUCACCGACCCUCCCAGCACCAUCAAAAACAAGAUCCGCAAGCACGCGUUCUCUGGUGGUGGUGCGACUCAGGAGCUCCACCGCGAGCACGGAGGCAACCCCGACGUCGACGUUGCCUACCUCUACCUGUCGUACUUUGAGGACGACGACGCGAAGAUGGCCGACCUGGCUGCGCGCUACCGUGCUGGCACGCUCUCGACGGUCGAGAUGAAGGAUGCGUGUAUUGAAAAGCUGCAGUCUGUCGUUUCCGAGUUCCAGGAGCGCCGCAGCAAGGUCACGCCCGAGACGGUCAAGUACUUCCAGGACAACACGCGCGCGAUCGACCCCACCCCGAGCCGCACUGCAUAG